CGGCUCCUACCCUUUCAUCCUGGAAGGGCCCAGAAAAAUGGCCCUGGCCCUGUGGGUCUUCGCUCUGCUGGGCUCAGCCUGCUUGGUGUCAGCCAACAUCUUUGAGUACCAGGUGGACGCCCAGCCUCUCCGCCCGUGUGAGCUGCAGAGGGAAAGGGCCUUUCUGAAGCGAGCAGACUACGUUCCCCAGUGCGCAGAGGAUGGCAGCUUCCAGACCGUCCAGUGCAAGAAGGAUGGUGGCUCCUGCUGGUGUGUGGACGCUGACGGCAGGGAAGUGCCCGGCAGCCGGCAGCCAGGGCGGCCUGUGGCCUGUCUGUCGUUCUGCCAGCUGCAGAAGCAGCAGAUCUUGCUGAGCAGCUACAUCAACAGCACCGCCACAUCCUACCUGCCGCAGUGUCAGGAUUCGGGGGCGUACGCGCCGGUGCAGUGCGACGUGCGGCGGGAGCAGUGCUGGUGUGUGGACGCCGAGGGCAUGGAGGUGUACGGGACCCGGCGGCUGGGGAGACCCGCGCGAUGUCCGGGGAGCUGUGAGAUAAGAAACCGCCGUCUCCUCCACGGGGUGGGUGACAAGUCGCCGCCGCAGUGUUCUGCCGAUGGCACCUUCCUGCCCGUCCAGUGCAAGUUCGUCAACACCACAGACAUGAUGUUUUUCGACCUGGUCCACAGCUACAACAGGUUCCCAGAUGCUUUUGUGACCUUUAGCUCCUUCCGGAGCCGGUUUCCAGAGGUGUCUGGGUAUUGUCACUGCGCUGACAGCCAAGGGCGAGAACUGGCCGGGACAGGCCUGGAGCUGCUACUCGAUGAAAUUUACGACACCGUUUUUGCCGGCCUGGACCUCGCUUCCUCCUUCACUGAGACCACCCUGUACCGGAUCCUGCAGAGACGAUUCCUAGCAGUUCAACUCGUCACCUCUGGCAGAUUCCGAUGCCCUACGAAGUGCGAAGUGGAGCGGUUUGCAGCCACCAGCUUCGGUCACCCCUACGUUCCGAGUUGCGGCCGAGAUGGGGAGUACCAGGCGGGGCAGUGCCAGCAGGAGGGGCUGUGCUGGUGUGUGGACGCCCAAGGACAGGAGAUCCCGGGGACGCGGCGGCCAUCGGAGCCACUGUCUUGCGCGGAGGGCCAGUCCUGCCCCUCGGAGAGGCGGCGGGCCUUGUCCAGGCUCCACCUUGGGCCCUCGGGCUACUCCGGCCAGCGCGGCUCGUUCUUGGCUGCCGAGCGAGGACCGGUGUCUCAGACAGUCCCCAGCUUUGCUGCAUCCUGCCCGCUCCCGCUCAAGGAGCUCUUUGUGGAGUCCGGGAUCCUGCAGCCAGUGGUUCAAGGGCAGAAGAAAGAGGUCACCGCCGCCACAGAAAGUCUCCUGAAGGAGGGUCUCAGGGGGAUUUUCCCCUCCCGAGAGCUGGCUCGUCUUGCCCUUCAGUUUACCGCCAACCCCAAGCGACUCCAGCAAAACCUCUUCGGAGGGAGAUUUUUGGCGAACGUCGGCCAAUUUAACUUGUCUGGAGCCCUGGGCACAAGAGGCACUUUUAAUUUCAGUCACUUUUUCCAGCAACUUGGUCUCCCAGGCUUCCAGAAGAGACAGGCACUAGCAGAUCCAGCCAAGUCCCUCUCGGUGGGACUGGAUUCAAAUCCUGCCACAGAAGCCCCCGAAGCCUUGAAGAUGGGCGUUGCUAUGAAUAAGACAGUUGUGGGCAGCUUUGGCUUUGAAGUCAACCUACAAGAGAACCGAAAUGCCCUGACAUUCCUUUCUUCCCUCCUGGAGCUUCCAGAAUUCCUCCUUUUCCUGCAGCAUGCUAUUUCUGUGCCAGAGGACAUAGCAAGGGAUUUAGGUGACGUGAUGGAAAUGGCACUCAGCUCCCAGGGCUGUGAGCAGACACCUGGCAGCCUGUUUGUCCCGUCGUGCACUGCAGAAGGGAGCUACGAGGAUGUCCAGUGCUUUGCUGGAGAGUGCUGGUGUGUGGAUGCCAGGGGCCGAGAACUUGCCGGCUCCAGGGCUAGAGGCGGACGACCGAGGUGCCCCACAGCGUGUGAGAAGCAAAGGGAGCGCAUGCAAAGCCUCUUGGGGAGGCAGCCCGCUGGGUCCAGUGUGUUUGUCCCUUCUUGUACCCGCGAGGGCCACUUCCUCCCCGUCCAGUGCUUCAGCUCAGACUGCUACUGUGUGGAUGCUGACGGUCAGCCUAUUCCCGGAACUCGAACUGCUCCUGGAGAACCCAAGCAAUGCCCCACACCCUGUCAGCUGCAGGCUGAGCAAGCCUUCCUUGGGACAGUGAGGGGCCUGAUCUCGAACCCCAGCGAGCCCCCUGUGCUCUCCAGCAUCUACAUUCCUCAGUGCAGCGCCAGUGGGCAGUGGAGACGCGUGCAAUGCGACGGGCCCCCUGAGCAGGCCUUUGAGUGGUAUGAACGAUGGGGGGCUCAGAGCAGGAGUGGCCAGGAGCUGACGCCUGCAGAGCUGCUAAUGAAGAUCAUGAGCUAUAGAGAAGCGGCUUCCGGAAGCUUCCGUCUCUUUAUUCAAAACCUGUAUGAGGCUGGGCAACAAGGCAUCUUCCCAGGGCUGGCGAGAUACUCUUCUCUCCAAGAUGUCCCACUGGCCGUGUUGGAAGGGAACCUGACCCAGGCCACAGGGAACAUCCUUCUGGAGCCCUACCUCUUCUGGCAGAUCCUAAAUGGCCAGCUCCCCAGAUACCCAGGACCGUACUCGGACUUUAGCGCGCCUUUGGCGCAUCUCGACCUUCGGAGCUGCUGGUGUGUGGAUGAGGCUGGCCGCAAACUGGAGGGCACCCAGACUGAGCCCAGCAAGGUCCCAGCGUGUCCUGGCUCUUGUGAAGAAGUGAAGCUUCGCGUCCUGCAGUUCAUUAAGGAAGCAGAAGAGAUUGUCAUGGUUUCCAACAGUUCUCAGUUUCCUCUGGGAGAGAGUUUCCUAGCGGCCAAAGGAAUCCGGCUGACCGAUGAGGAGCUGGCCCUUCCCCCACUCUCCCCAUCCCGGGAGACUUUCUUGGAGAAGUUUCUGAGCGGGAGCGAUUAUGCCAUUCGACUGGCAGCACAGUCCACCUUUAGCUUCUACCAGAGACGCCGUGUUGCCCUGAGUGAUGCCCCCCGCACAUCGGGCCCUCUGCAGCCCUACCCCUACGUGCCCCAGUGUGAUGCACUGGGAAGCUGGGAGCCCGUGCAGUGCCACGCCGCGACUGGGCACUGCUGGUGCGUGGAUGGGGAGGGAGCAUACUUGCCUGCCUCGCUGGCUGCCCGCUCCCCACAGGUCCUGCAAUGCCCCACCCCCUGUGAGACAUCCCGCGUGCGUGGGCUGCUUUCUGCUUGGAAACAGGCUGGUUCCCAAGUCAGACCAUCUCCAAAAGACCUGUUCAUUCCAGCCUGCACAGAGACAGGAGAGUUUGCCAGGCUGCAGGCAUCGGAGGCCAGCACCUGGUGUGUGGACCCGGCCUCAGGAGAGGCCAUGCCGCCUGGCACAAACAGCAGUGCCCCAUGCCCAGGCCUCUGUGAAGUGCUCCAGAGAGGAGUCCCCUCCAGGAGAGCCAGUCCAGGCACCACCCCGGCCUGCAGGGCGGAGGACGGAGGCUUCGCCCCAGUGCAGUGCGACCCGGCCCAGGGCAGCUGCUGGUGUGUCCUGGGCAGCGGCGAGGAGGUGCCCGGGACCCGCGUGGCUGGGAGCCAGCCCGCCUGUGAGAGCCCGCGAUGCCCACUGCCCUUCAACACGUCGGAGGUGGCUGGCGGGGCCGUCCUGUGUGCAGCAGCCUCGGGCCCUGGAGGCGCCGCCGUGCAGCAGUGCCGGCUGCUGUGCCGCCAGGGCUACCAGAGCGCCUUCCCGUCGGAUCUGCUGCUGUGCAGCCUGCAGAGGGGACGCUGGGAGUCACAGCCGCCCCACCCUCGUGCCUGCCAACGGCCCCAGCUGUGGCAGACCAUCCAGACCCGGGGGCAGUUCCAGCUCCAGCUUCCGCCAGGCAAGGUGUGCAGUGCCGACUACGCGGGCCUGCUGCCGACUUUCCAGGUCGUCAUAUUAGAUGAGCUCACGGCCCGCGGCUUCUGUCGGAUCCAGGUGACAACCGCCAGGACCCCCGUUUCCAUCCCCGUCUGCGAUGACUCCACGGUGCGGGUUGGGUGUCUGAGCCUGGAUCGGUUAGGAGUGAACGUCACCUGGACGCUGCGGCUGGAGGACGCCCCCCCCGCCUCUCUCCCAGAUCUGCGUGACAUUGAGGAGGCCUUAGCAGGCAAGGAUCUCGUGGGGCGCUUUGCAGAUCUGAUCCAAAGUGGAACAUUCCAGCUUCACCUGGAUUCCAGAACGUUCCCAGCAGACCCCUCCAUCCACUUCCUCCAAGGGAACAGCCUCGGCACCUCUCCCAGGACACGGUUUGGGUGCGUGGAAGGAUCCCGCCAGGUCCCGGCCACCAGCAACACCAGCCAGGACCCGCUGGGGUGUGUGAGGUGUCCUGAAGGCAGCUAUUUUCAGGAGGAGCAGUGUAUUCCCUGUCCUGCUGGAUUCUACCAGGAGCAGACAGGUAGCUUGGCCUGUGCCCCUUGUCCUGCGGGCACAACAACCACUUCCGUUGGAGCUUUCAGCCAGACUCACUGUGUCACUGCCUGCCAGAGGGAUGAGGCGGGCCUGCAGUGUGACCAGGACGGCCAGUACCGAGCCAGCCAGAGGGACAGGGCCAGCGGGAAGGCCUUCUGCGUGGACAGUGAGGGGCGGAGGCUGCCGUGGUCGGAAACGCAGGCCCCCCUGGUGGACGCCCAGUGUCUGAUGAUGCGAAAAUUUGAGAAGCUUCCAGAAUCGAAGGUGAUCUUCACUGCUGAUGUUGCUGUGCUCGGGUCCAUAGUUCCCGAUUCUGAGUCCUCGCUGAUGCAGUGCUUGGCAGACUGUGCCCGGGACGAGGCCUGCAGCUUCCUCACAGUGUCCCUGGAGGGCUCGGAGGGCUCCUGUGAUUUCUAUGCUUGGACAAGUGACAACAUUGCCUGCACGUCCUCCGGUCAGGAGGAAGACGCAUUGGGGACCUCGAAAGCCACCAGCUUGGGAAGUCUCACGUGCCAGGUCAAAGUGAGACCCGGGGAUGGAGUCGCUCCAGCUGUGUACCUGAAAAAGGGCCAAGAAUUUGCCACAAUUGGUCAGAAACGCUUCGAACAAACUGGUUUCCAAAACGCGCUCUCUGGACUGUACAGCCCCGUCGUGUUCUCGGCCUCGGGAGCCAGUCUGACUGAGGCCCACCUCUUCUGUCUCCUUGCCUGUGACCGAGAUUCCUGUUGCGAUGGCUUCAUCCUCACACAAGUCCAAGGAGGUCCCAUCAUCUGUGGGUUGCUGAGCUCCCCUGACGUCCUGCUUUGCCAUGUCAGAGACUGGAGGGACCCUUCUGAAGCCCAGGCUGAUGCCACGUGUCCUGGGGUGACUUACGACCAGGACAGCCGCCAGGGGACGCUGCGUCUGGGAGGCCAGGAGUUCAAGAGUCUGACACCACGGGAAGGAGCUCGGGACACCUUUACCAGUUUCCAGCAGGUUUAUCUCUGGAAAGAUUCUGACAUGGGGUCUCGGUCUGAGUCUAUGGGGUGCAGAAGAGACAUGCAACCAAGGCCAGAAUCUCCAGAGGAAACAGAUUUGACAGCAGAACUUUUCUCUCCUGUGGACUUGAACCAGGUCAUUGUCAGUGAGAACAGAUCCCUCCCCAGCCAGCAGCACCGGCUUUUCAAACACCUGUUUUCCCUUCAGCAGGCACAUCUAUGGUGCCUUUCUCGCUGUGUCCAGGAGCCCUCUUUCUGUCAGCUGGCAGAGAUAACAGACAGCUCACCCUUGUACUUGACCUGUACCCUCUACCCAGAGGCCCAGGUGUGUGACGACGUCAUGGAGGCCAGUCCCAGGGGCUGCAGACGGAUCCUGCCCCGCAGGCCGAAUGCCCUCUUCCAGAGGAGAGUUGUGCUGCAGGACAGAGUGAAGAACUUUUACACCCGGCUGCCGUUCCAGAAGCUCACCGGCCUUUCCAUUAGACACAAAGUGCCCAUGGCCGACAAGGCCAUUUCCAGUGGCUUCUUCGAGUGUGAACGGCUGUGUGACGUGGACCCGUGCUGCACCGGCUUUGGCUUUCUGAACGUUUCCCAGCUGAAAGGAGGAGAGGUGACGUGCCUAACUCUGAACAGCCUGGGACUUCAGACGUGCAGCGAGGAAAACGGAGGAAGCUGGCGCCUGCUGGCCUGUGGCUCUCCUGACACUGAGGUCCGCACCUACCCCUUCGGCUGGUACCAGAAGCCUGCUGUUCAGAAUGAUGCUCCCAGUUUUUGCCCUUCAGCGGCCCUGCCUCCCGUCCCAGAGAAAGUUGCUCUGGACUCGUGGCAGCCGCUGCCCCCCUCUUCAGUGGUUGUUGAUCCGUCCAUCAGAAACUUUGACGUUGCCCACAUCAGCACUGCAGCCGUCGGAGACUUCUCUGCUGCCCGAGAGCGCUGUUUGUUGGAAUGUUCCCGUCACCAGGCCUGCCUCGUCACCACCCUGCAGACCCGACCUGGUGCUGUGAGGUGUAUGUUCUAUGCUGAUACUCAGAGCUGCACACACAGCCUGCAGGCCCAGAACUGCCAACUUCUGCUCCGUGAAGAGGCCACCCACAUCUACCGGAAGCCAGACAUCCCUCUGCCCGGCUUGGGUUCAUCCGCACCUACUGUGACCAUUGCCACCCACGGCCAGCUGCUGGGCACGUCCCAGGCCAUCCAGCUGGGCGCUUCGUGGAAGCAAGUGGACCAGUUCCUGGGAGUUCCGUAUGCCGCCCCUCCGCUGGCAGAGAGCCGCUUCCGGGCCCCGGAGCCCUUGAACUGGACAGGGACCUGGGAUGCCACCAAGCCACGGGCCAGCUGCUGGCAGCCAGGCAUCAGACCGGCCACAGCUCCUGGGGUCAGCGAAGACUGUCUCUAUCUCAGCGUGUUUGUCCCUCAGAGCCUGACCCCCAACUCAUCUGUGCUGGUGUUCUUCCACAACGGCGCUGAGGGACCGCUGGCCAUGGCCGUGGACGGCUCCUUCCUGGCUGCUGUUGGCAACCUCAUCGUGGUCACCGCCAGCUACCGAACGGGCGUCUUUGGCUUCCUGAGUUCCGGAUCCAGCGAGGUGAGUGGCAACUGGGGGCUGCUGGACCAGGUGGCGGCUCUGACCUGGGUGCAGACCCACAUCGGAGUGUUUGGCGGGGACCCUCGGCGCGUGGCCCUGGCAGCAGACCGUGGCGGAGCCGACGUGGCUGGUAUCCACCUUCUAACCAGCAGGGCCACCAACUCCAGACUCUUCCGGAGAGCGGUGCUGAUGGGCGGCUCCGUGCUCUCCCCCGCCGCCGUCAUCAGGCCGGACAGGGCUCAGCAGCAGGCAGCAGCUUUGGCCAAGGAGGUUGGCUGCCCCACCUCGUCCAUCCCAGAAAUGGUAUCCUGCCUCCGCCGGGAGCCUGCCAGCCUCCUCAAUGACGCCCAGAGCAAGCUCCUGGCUGUGAGUGGCCCUUUUCACUACUGGGGUCCUGUGGUCGACGGCCAGCUCCUGCGAGAGGCGCCAGCCAGGGCACUGCAGCGGCCUCCACGGGCAAAGCUGGACCUGCUCAUCGGGAGCUCUCAGGACGACGGGCUCAUCGACAGAGCCAAGGCCGUGAAGCGAUUUGAGGAAAGUCAAGGCCGGACCAGUAGCAAAACAGCCUUUUACCAGGCUCUGCAGAAUUCUCUGGGCGGUGAAGCGGGGGACCCGGGAGUGCAGGCUGCGGCCACAUGGUACUACUCCCUGGAGCACGAUACCGACGACUACGCCUCCUUCUCCCGGGCCCUGGAGGCGGCCACCCGGGACUACUUUAUCAUCUGCCCUGUCAUCGACAUGGCCAGCCACUGGGCGAGGACGGCCCGGGGAAACGUCUUCAUGUACCACGCUCCCGAAAGCUACAGCCACGGCAGCCUGGAACUGCUGGCCGAUGUCCGCUAUGCCUUCGGGCUCCCCUUCUACCCCGCCUACGAGGGGCAGUUUACCCAGGAGGAGAAAAGCCUCUCCCUGAAAAUCAUGCAGUACUUUUCCAACUUCGUCCGAUCUGGAAAUCCCAACUACCCUCAUGAGUUCUCCAGGAAAGCACCUGAAUUUGCAGCCCCCUGGCCCGAUUUUGUCCCGGGAGACGGGGCAGAGAGCUACAAGGAGCUCAGUGUCCUGCUCCCCAAUCGACAGGGCCUGAAAAAGGCCGACUGCUCCUUCUGGUCCAAGUACAUCUUGUCUCUGAAGGCCUCGGCAGAUGAAGCUGAGGACGGGCCCUUAGCAGAGAGUGAAGAAGAGGACCGGCCUGGGCUGACAGAAGACCUCCUGGGGCUCCCGGAGUUAGCUUCCAAGAGCUACAGCAAGUGACAGCCCCUGGGGAGCCCCCCCCCCUGCCAGCUGCCACCCUGGGCAGCUUAUUCUCCUACACAGCCACUCACUUUCAAUAAAGGCUCUACCUGCAGAGAAGCA